CGAAAUUCUGGGCGCUGGUGACAUACCUGCAGCAAUUCCGCGACCGAGAGACACUCCAUGGCAUCAUCUUCGUGACCACGCGACGGGCGGUCCUGCACUUGGCUGACAUGAUGCGGCGUACGCAGCAACUGGCCUUCCUAGAGGUGCUGGAGGCGUGGGGAUGCAGUGCCGCCGCACACCGGCGCGACCGGCCCGCCCCGGGACGGCGGCGGCGUGACCGGCAAGAUAAGGGCAUGAAGGGAAACGAGCAGACGGAGGUCAUAGGGCACUUCGCGGCUAAAGGACGCAAGGUGUUGGUCGCGACCUCGGCUCCCGAGGAGG